CACCUCGACCACCAAACCAUCACUCUCUCACUCACCCACAGCUCAGAGCUCGCUCGAUCUUCCCGAGCCAGCAAAAGGAAGCAAAGCGAGAUAUCAUGGCGGGAGCCGUGCCUCUGGCCGCGCCAGCGGUCAUGGCGACGGGAGGAAGCCUGUACGAGGCGCUGCGUGUGGGGCGCGCGGCAACGCAGGUGGAGAUCAAGGCGGCGUACCGCGCCAUGGCCAAGCGCUUGCAUCCCGACUCCUCGCGCGCGAGGGAGGGCACCGGCGGUUCCGGGGCGGCGGCGUUCCUGGAGAUCCGGCGCGCGUACGAGACGCUGUCUGACCCGGCCGAGAGAGCGCGCUACGACCGCUCGCUCGGGGCGUGCUGGCGGCCGGGAGGAGGCAGCAGCGUCGCGACCAUGCGGGUGCGGAGGUGGGAGACGGACCAGUGCUGGUAGCCAUGUCGCACCCACACUAGGGGCGCGUCGUCCUUGGCGCCAAAACGCUAUUGGCCCUACGGCGCACGGCGCCCUGCGUAUGCGUGUGUGGGGUCCAGUUCUCAGUCGCUUUGUACAUAGGCCCACAUGUUGAUGCUUUAGCUUCUGUGAAUAUACUAAUAUCAGGCUGUCA